AUGAAAGCAAUCAUCCAAGUCUCUUUCAUGCUGCUUCUAAUAACUUUUUCCAAAUGUGCAGUGAUCACCGGGGCCUGCGAGCGAGAUGUGCAGUGUGGGUCCGGGACCUGCUGUGCCAUCAGCCUCUGGCUCCGGGGUCUCCGGAUGUGCACGCCCCUGGGACAGGAAGGAGAUGAAUGCCACCCAGUCAGUCACAAGGUCCCUUUCUUUGGGAAACGCCAGCACCACACGUGUCCCUGCCUGCCAAAUUUGCUGUGCUUCAAGUUUCUGGAUGGCAGAUACCGGUGUUCAGUCGACUUCAAAAACAUAGACUUUUAGGAAUAAAUCCAGCCGGACAGAGACAUUACAUUUCCAGCCCCCUGCUGCUAUGCUUUCCCUGGAACCCCACCCUAAGCUCCUUCCUGGUCUGCCCUUCUCAGCUUUCAAGCAUCUUGCUUCACCUAUCAAAGUUCCUUCCCACCCUCCCCUCCUGGCCUUUAAGGGAGGGGGACAUUUCCAUUUAAGCCUGAGUAUGCCCUAAUGCCAUGGUUUCUCCAAGGUAUAGGAAUGUUAAGAUGACUUUCCCAAUUCAUCUGAUCCCACCAUUUUCCUCUUGGACCAUGCUGGGAUCGGGGAAAGCCUACCCAGAGCUGGAAGCCUGAUAAAAGGCAGGAAAUGGAAGUGAUGUAA